AUAGCAGGCAUUAGCAGCUGCAGAAUGCUUCUCUUGUUGAUAGCUUCACUGCUGCUCUUUCAAAAAGGAUGCUACGGGAACCAGUAUCUGCAAUUUAACUUGUUGUAUUUUGGGUGUAAUAGCAUACCGAUAAUCACAUACAAACUAUUCUCCACUGACAGCAGUGAACCCUUAACUACCGUACAAUACAACGAAAACUCCAAUGGCAAUGUAAUAUCAAUACCAUCCAGUGGCGACAUUUAUAGUACGUGGACAUCAGACUCAAGCAGCAGUAGAUGCUGCUGGACAAUAGACUCUACAGUAUUUACAAAAGAAAAUGGAGGAGAAAUUUUGACGAUUGGAUUAGACGAUCUUUGUCCGCAAACUAGAGAAUAUUACAACUGUGAGGGUGAACUGUGGUUCUGUUCAAUGGACUCACAGAUAUUGCAAUCAUCAGUAUACUCACUGCCAAUAGAGUCUACUGACAAUGCAUUCAUGAAAUGUUCAUCAAGGACAUCUUCUUUUCAAUGUCCCAAUCAAACAAUCUCCUCAGGGUCACCCUCUCAAUCCUAUACAUCACCUUCUCAAUCCUAUACCACACUCUUUCAAUCCUAUACUGCACCCUUUCAAUCCUAUACCUCACCCUCUCAAUUCUAUACCUCACCCUCUCAAUCCUAUUCCUAUACCUCACCCUCUCGAUCCUAUACCUCACCCUCUCAAUCUUAUACCUCACCUUCUCAAUCCUAUAACUCACGCUCUCAAUCAUAUACCUCACCCUCUCAAUCCCAUACCUCACCUUCUCAAUCCCAUACCUCACCCUCUCAACCCCAUACCUCACUCUCUCCAUCACCAGUAUCUGUACAUUAUCUAUCAUCAAUUACAAUGUCACUAGCAGCUCCUACAGUGACUUCAAUUGGCCUGAUAUAUUGUCCUCCAGAUGGUAUUUGGUACAGCACAUUAAGUAAUAGCACUAUUAAUGGUACAUGCUAUAAAGGAACCGUGACAGCUAGUAGAUUAUGCAAAAGCAAUGGUGAAUGGGAUGAGAUUGUCUGCCAUACUAAUAGACAGUUCAACAAUAUACUCAAUAUUAGUAACAUGUCAUUCACAACAGCAAUACAAGCACUAUUGAAUAUUACUGCUACUGAUGAUGAUGGUGGUAUAACUACAGAGCAAAAAGUGAUCCUGUUUGAUACCAUAAUCAACAACAAUGAGAACCAGUCACUGGAAGGGCUGGAGGAAAGGACAGAAUUAUUACUAGCACUUGAAAACAACAUAAAACAAGAGCUGAUAAAUGAAGAUGAGGACACAAGACAGUCAGGAUAUGGACAAAUAUUGCUGUCAAUGGAUAAAUAUGCACUGAGCAUCAACAGGAAUUAUACAAAGACAUCAGACAAUAUAAUUAUUAAAGUCCAAAGAGUAGAAGAUGUGAAUCAGUUAAUACUAGCCAUUGAUAAUAACAAUGGAGACUCACUAUUAAUACCACCUGGUGCUUUCCCUUCAAAUAGGAACAUCACAAUUGCAUCAUUCAUAUACAGGAAUCUAUCAAACAUACUAACUAAUAAUGGAUCGUCAAUAAUAACUCCAGUAAUAUCAACAACGACAAAUUGUAAUGAUAAUUGUAAUAUAAGCCAGCCUGUAAUGAUAUCAUUCAAUACAACAAACAACAACAACAACAACAAGAACAUUAAUAGGUCUCUAUUCUCAUGUGUCUAUUGGGAAUUUAUAUUGAAUGAAGGCAGUUUACCUAGUGGAUAUUGGUCAACAGAAGGCUGUACUACUGCAUACAACAAUAAUAUAAUGAACUGCUAUUGUAAUCAUCUAACACAUUUUGCUAUAUUACUAAGCCCAGGAGUGACACUACCAACAGAUUCGGUACAUGUACAGAUAUUGAAUAUACUCGGUAACAUAUUGGUACCAAUGUCACUGAUGUGUAUAUUAAUUGUCAUUGUAACUUACACAUGUACCAGGUCUCUAUGGAACAUAAGGAGCUACAUUCAUGUAAUGCUGUGCAUCAAUCUAUUUGUAUCUCAAUUAUUAUUCUUAAUAGGAAUAAACCAAACUAAAUACAAAUUAAUAUGCACAUUGAUAUCCAUUGGACUACAGUACAUGUUUCUCGUCACGUUCAUGUGGAUGCUAAUGGAGGGUGUGGUCCUCUACAUAUCAUUAAUUAAAGUGUUUGUUAAACACAACAAAAGAUACAUGAUUGGAUUCACAAUAAUAAGCUACAGUGUCCCUGCCUUAUACAUGAUCAUAAUGAUACCAAUUGGACUAUUGGUAGGGACAGAAGACCACGUCAACUACCUGCUAUAUGCUAAUAAUGAAUUAAUAGCAUGUUGGUUGGACUAUGAGAGUGGGUUUAUAUGGAGUUUCAUCAUACCAGUCAUAAUAAUAUUACUAAUUAAUAUUGGCUUUUUCGCGAUGGCUAUCAUAAUUAUGAAGAAACACAGAAAAAAUAGGAUCAGCAAUGAAAACAGUUUAAAGGACGAUGCUAAGUAUUGGAUAAAAUCAUCAAUAUCACUGACUAUUGUGAUGGGAAUCGGUUGGAUUGGGAAUGUGUUUUUCUUCUCUGAGGAGCUAUUAUUUAUAGCAUACAUUAUGACAGUGUUCAUAUCUGCACAGGGAAUCAUCAUCUUUAUAUUAUACGUCCCAUUAUCUAAUAAUGUUAGGAAAGUCAUGUGGAGAUGGUGUAAAAAUAAUCUUCCAAGAUCAUUAAUGAAUAAAUUAAUAAAAGACAAGAAAGCUACCGAAGUAUUAACAAUAAUAAUAAUAAUAACAAAAAUAAUAAUAAUACAAAUUAUUAAUAAUAAUAAUAAUACUAAAAUUAUCUCUAAUUUACAGGCUAGUGAAGAAAUGACAGAGACAACAAGAGUGUCAGUUUCUUAGUAACCGACUAACGAACAUACAGACAAUUAAUACAGGGAACUAGCAGGAGAAAAUAAACUACAUAUAAUCACUAAUUGUUUCCAGAUAAUGCAAUAAAAACUGUUUAUAAAGUUUA